UUUUGUUCAUUUGGGAAGAGGCGUGCGCUUAAAGAGAAGAGAUGCUUGGCACGCCGGCCCAGGAAGUGUGCUACCACCACAGCGGAUCCUAGGUUCAGAAGGCGGCGGCGGCGGCAGCCGGGGCUUGGGUUGAAAGAAAGGCGGGUAUUGCUUGCUUUUCAGCCUCUGGCUCGCUCUCGCCGGCAUGUGGGCGUGUUUCUAGGCUGGGAAGGCGCGGCGGCAGCGGCGGGCGGCAGGAGGAGGAACGGCGGCCGCCUCCUUCGCUUCUCUCCGCCUCCCCUCAAGUUUGUGCCUGUUUUUAAAAGAGGCACGAGCCUGCCUCCCUCCCGGAGUGCCGCCUCGGCAGCAGCAGCAGCAGCAGCGCCUUGAAGUACGGGCUGGCAGCUCCCUCAGGCGUGGCCAGAGCACCAUGAAAAGCCGGCGGCGCUGGAGGUGGCGCUGGCAGCAGCACCGGCGCUUCGCCCUGGGUUUGCUGCUCUACACGCUGCUGCUCCUGCUGCUGGUGUCCUAUGUGCUGGACUACGGAGCCAGGAGAGGGCGCGCGGGCGAGGAGUUGCUGCUGCCCGUGCCGCCCCGCAGCUGCCCCAACCUGGAGGAGGCGCUAGGCGAGUGGAGAUGGGAGCAGGAGCAGGAGCCGCCGCCGCCGCCGCCCCGAGCAGCAGCAGCAGCCGAGACAGCAGCGAACCAUGAAGGGAAGACAGCUGAGAGGCAGGGCGGCGCGGAGAGCAAGGCUGGCGGGAAGCGGCACAUCUACCUGCACGCCACUUGGCGCACCGGCUCGUCCUUCCUGGGAGAGCUGUUCAACCAGCACCCGGACGUCUUCUAUCUGUACGAGCCCAUGUGGCACAUGUGGCAGGCGCUCUACCCGGGCGACGCGAUGAGCCUGCAGGGCGCCCUCCGGGACAUGAUCCGCUCGCUCUUCCGCUGCGACUUCUCCGUGCUGCGCCUUUACGCGGCGCCCCCGGCCCCCCGCGACCCGCUCGCGCCCUUUCCCUUAGCCUUCGGGGGCAAAGCGGGCAGCAACCUCAGCACAACCAGCAUCUUCGGGUGGCGGACGAACAAGGUGAUCUGCUCGGCGCCGCUGUGCCCCGACGCGCCCUGGGCCCGGGCUGAGGUGGGCCUCGUCGACGGUGCUGCCUGCGAGCGAAGCUGCCCGCCGCGGGCACUGCGGGAGCUGGAGGCCGAGUGCCGCAAGUACCCAGUGAUGGUGAUCAAGGACGUGCGGCUGCUGGAGCUGGGCGUGUUGCUGCCGCUGCUGCGGGAUCCCGAGCUCGACUUGCGCGUCAUCCAGCUCUUCCGCGAUCCCCGCGCGGUCCACAAUUCCCGCCUGAAGGCCAAGCAGGCUCUGCUGCGGGAGAGCAUCCAGGUGUUGCGGAGCCGACAGCGCGCCGAACCCCGGGGACUCCCCCGCCGGCAGCUUCUGCUGCCCCCAGCCGCCGCGGUUCUAGCCGGCGCCAGCGGCGUCCGGACGCACCAGCAACACCGAGCCGAGUUCUUCCUGGGCGGCGCCCUCGAGGUGAUCUGCCAGGCCUGGUUCCGCGACUUGCUCUUCUCCCGUCGCGCCCCCGCCUGGCUGCGCGCCCGCUACACGCUACUGCGCUACGAGGACCUGGUGUUGGAGCCGCAAGCCCAGCUGCGCCGCCUCCUGCGCUUCGCGGACCUCCCGGAGUUGCCCGCCCUGGACCACUUCGUGCUGAACAUGACUCGCGGCGGCGCCUACUCGGCCGAGCGCCCCUUCCUGAUCUCCUCCCGCGACGCGCGUGAAGCCAUCCACGCCUGGCGGGAGCGCCUCAGCCGGGAACAGGUGCGGCAGGUGGAGUCUGCCUGCGGCGAGGCCAUGGCCCUCCUCUCCUACCCGCUCAGCGACGCAGAAAGCCGGGAGGCGCAACGGGAUUCCAGGGGGCGCCCCGCUGCUCCUCCGCACCCAGGUAGCGUCCAGCGCAGCCUCCUCUCAUUACCAACCUCGGGCGGGCCUCGCUCUUCCUCCUGCUCCCGCUCCUCUGUGACUUCAUGAACCCGACAGGUUAACUGGGGACAGAUGACAUGGAAGAGGAACUGUGCAUCCUAUAGACAUUGGAUAUACCAGCAAAUGGCAACUUCGACUGCAGGUUCUGCAUGGCAGGACAAAUUCCAAUUAGCUUUAAAAAAGCGAACACUAUUGUAAAGACCGUUUCCAAGUAUGAAAGUGACAUGGUGCAAUAUGGAUAAUUGUGGCCCUCUUCUUGUGGAGUGCUUAAUCUUCCAGUUUUGAAUUGACAUUGUACUGUCAGUGAAAGUGCUGCUGCUUCCAUAAGACUUGCUUCUCUUUUUCCACUGUCAGCACUUGGACAGCCCCCUACAAUAGGAAGAUGCAUACAAGAGCACUAUUAUGUGUUUAGCACCUCUUGUGUUUUCAGAAACUUGAUUUAAGUGUCUGUUCAUUUCACAGGGAGAGAACCUCAACACAAUGCCUAGGGUGAGAUUCAGAGUCUCAAGCAGAGAAAGUACCAUUGCCACAAAACAUCAGUUUUUAACUUGUUCAAACCUGGCACCCACCUUCAACCUCAACCAGCAACAUGGGAUCCUUUUUUAGUUUCUCUCCUUUCCCUGUAUUUGUUUUUCCUUUUUUCUCUUAAACAACAAAAAUGGUGAUGGUAUUAAUGUGACCCACCAAUUGAAGACCACUGAUGACCUAAACACAGACACAUAGUUCGAAAGAAAACAACUGCAAAUCAUUUCUUUUAAAACAACUGCAUACAAUACAAGUUUACUUUCAGCUAAAAAUAGAUUCUUGAAGGGAUUAUUGAAACAUUGUAGUCAUUGUGGGGUCUAGGUAAGCUUGUAAAAGAAUAUCAGUACUUCAGUAAAAAUUGGAAUAAACUGUGAUUAACCAACAAAUUAUUGAACUGCAGUAAACACUGAAAAAGAGAGAUCUUUCCAAGUCAGAAAGAUCUCUAUUCAGAUUUAAAUGCAAGUUAAACAUCUUCCGAUACAGAAUAGUGCUGCAUUGUAUGCUUGAUGUAAGCAUAGGCCUGGAAUCCUGAAGGUAAGGGUUUCUAAAAUUAUUAUUGAAUUGCACUUUUUAAACUUCAGGAUACACUGAGUGACAUCUAGACUAAGUUAUGCAUGAGUAAUCCCAUUAAUUUCAAUAGGAUGACUCACAUGGACUCAUGAAUAAUGUCCAGAUAUCCAGCACUGCCUUUGCCUGUGAAACGUUCAGCAGGGAGCCUGGCUGGUUUUUGAAGGUGAUCUGAAUUCUGCUAAAUGGGUGCUUUGUCUCUACACACAUUUUCCAGCUAAAUCUGCAAUAGAAAGUUUGCAAAGCAGUUUGUUUAAAGUUAGGCUUAAAGUCUAAGCUCUAGCAGCUAUGCUUCCUCUGGGCCCCAACACACUUGGUACUCAAGAUGCCAAGGGGCUGCCUGUUCUCACUACUUUUAAACUAUUCCAAAAUAUACCUCUGUUCUGUGGAAGAGACAACACAGGGAGCACAAACUGACUACUAAGUAGGCCCUGGAGGGAGAGCUUCACACCUGCUGGGUCCCAGAAGUCUGCAGUCCUCCAGCCUAUAUCUGUUUACACAGAAUUAAAGUACCACUGCAUUCAAGUGCUUACUCCUAGGCAAGUGUGCUUAGGAGUGCAGUUCUAGACUCACACUGUGAGAUGGAAUUGUGGGAGUGGGGUUUUUGUGUGUGUUUUUUUACACUGCAGUCAUGAAAAUAUGAAGAAAGUCACUUUGCCAGCUAAUAAAUAGGAACCAAAACUUUUGUUUAUAUAGAAAAAACCUAAUUAAGUAAAUAUGAUUUAUGAUUUCAUAAUUAACUUGUGUAGUUUAUUGCUGUCCUGCAUUACUCUUGAGUUUUUGAACAUGUUUCCAAGCAUGCAUGCCUUUGGAUCUCAUUGAUAGGAGCACUGUCUUGCUGAAAAUAAAAGUGUGAAGACUGAAAGAUUCAA